AUUUAUUUAAGAAAUUAUUUGUGUUUUAAACCAAAUCCACACUUUUUAAAAGAGUUUGUGUUUACAGCUAAACCCUUCAAGUAAGUUGGCUGUGGUAAUACUUACUUUGUGAUCAGUCAAGAAGAGAUUCUUUACCCUGUUUCAUCUUGGACUUCCUGGUUAGGGUCUACUUAAUCCUAAACACAAGAAACAGGAUUCAGCAUUCUUGCUUUCUGUCUGUGUGUGUUUUCCCAAACUCACUUGCUGUAAAUUGACACCACACACUUACAGGCGUGCACAGAAGGGUUCACUUUAACUCUGUCUGUGUUAAGUUGUGUACUUACAUGUGCCGACCUGGUGGGAGGUUGACAUCUGGCUGAGAGGGAUGAGUGUCUGUGUGAGAAAAGAGAAGACGCUGUGAAGGUGGUCUUUGGAGGAAUCCUGCACUUGCUUUCAGAGUUUGGGUCAUCCAAAGUCCAGCUGAAUGGGAAGCAUGGACAGUGACUUGGAAACCAUGACUCCCAGUCUCGACUGUCCCAUCAGUCCAAGUCAAGUAACAGGCUUAGGGAUGAACGGUCCUCUUUCCCCCAAGUACAGACACUCAGGACCAGGUCUCUCCAGUCCUCAGGAAUAUAACCAGUGGCUGCCUUUCCGUCAUGAUGCCAGCCUCCUGCCCAUGAAAGAAGAUUUGGCUUUGUGGCUCAACAACAUCAUGGGUGUUAACUUGACUGCAGAUUGUCUGAUGGAGCAGCUGGAUAAUGGUGUUGUCCUCUGUCAACUGGCAAAGCUCCUCCAAGAGAAGAUGACAAACGUCAACACCGCAAAGUCCCAGCCGUUUGUGAGAAGAGUGAUCCACUGGAGAGCUGAUGCAACAUCUGGAUCAUUUUUUGCACGAGACAACACUGCCAACUUCCUCUACUGGUGUCGAAAGAUUGGCGUUGAUGAGUCCUACCUUUUUGAGUCUGAGGAUUUGGUCCUCCACAAGCAACCUCGGGAGGUGUGUCUGUGUCUCAUGGAUGUGGGACGGAUUGCUGCCAGGUAUGGUGUGGAGCCCCCAGGUCUGGUGAAGUUGGAAAGAGAGAUAGAAAGAGAAGAGGAAGGAUGCUUCUCUCCAUCAUCCCCUCACACAUUUUUCCCAUCCACCUGUUUUUAUUCACCAUCUCAGUCCUCGCUGCCUCUAACCCCCUCGCCUUCUCCUCCUCUCACUGCUCCCCUCGCUCAGAGUCUGCCUGAAGCCAUCCCUGCCUCUGAUCUUCCAUCAGCCACCACAAACCCAGCGCUUACGUGUUCAUCCCCACCUGACCCCUUCCUCUCAGCCUCUAACCCGUGUCCAAAUGCAGCCCCCACACAAACACCUUUGUUCUCCUCGUCCUGUGCCUCUGACACAUCUGCUUCAUCUCUGCUGUCUGAGCCUUCGCCAGACCAAACUCUGGUCUCUGCUGACAAAGCCUGCCCCACAACAGCAGACAAACGCACCCCUUCAGUCACUAUUGCCUCCCCACCUGCAACACCCAGUUCACGUUCAUUCAACAAAUCUUCAGGCAGGAGAAGCUCAGGCACCAGCAUUUUGGAUGACAUUGUUAGAGGCAUCAUAGAAAACCCCCCCUGCAGCUGCCCCACACGCUUUUCUGUUGAAAAGCAGCCAAAAGGCAGCUACCGUGUCGGGGAUAAAGUUCUGUAUAUACGGAUGCUAAACGAGCGUCACGUGAUGGUGCGUGUUGGUGGAGGAUGGGAGACCUUCAUGGGUUACCUGCAGAAGCAUGACCCUUGCAGAGGUGGAGGUGGGUCGGCGGGCAGACCUGAGGUCAGGGUUUUUCGGGAAAAAGCCAAACCACCCAGCCUGAACUUCUCACCUGACAACUACAUGGUGGUUGGCGCCCAUUUCCGUGGCAAAAAGUAGACUGCUUCUUGCUCCAGGCAGCGCUAACUUGAUUGAUAUUUCAAUUUGUGAGUUAUACCCGUUUUGCUAUAAUGCAAAAUAGAACUUUAUUUACUGAUGAGGCUCACAUAUUACCUGUAGCAGUUUGUCACAAAAGCUUCCCAACAGCAUUUGACAAGUUGCAGAUAAUUUGUGGACAAACAAACAUUCUCUGCUGCAGUCAUGUAAGGCUGUUUGUGACCGAUAAAAAAAAGGUAAGAAUUUUAAUCAUGUCAUUUAGACGUGUAAAACAGUGAUGACAGUCGAAAAUUGUGCUUUUUUUGUUACUUUCAUAUGUUUUACAUAGUUUUCUGAGUUUAAAGCAUCAGUAAUAAAGUGUACUGCUGUAGUGCAUUUUCUGAAAUAAACAGCCAAGUAUUUUUCUUA